UUGAGUUAGUAUAUAGUAUACAUUAAUUGGGUAGCUCUUUGUGUAUAGAAAAGAAAUUAAAGGGUAAAAAGAUGAAGCCAAUUAUUUUUUUUCUAUUUAUAAUUAGUGUUAUAUUUUUGGGGAUUUGCAAUGCAGAUAAUAAAAAGCUGAAGAUGAAAUAUUAUCACAAAAGUUGCCCUUCAGUUGAAAAGAUUGUUAAGGAAAUAACAUGGAGCAAAGUUGCUGCUGAUCCAACCUUGGCUGCAAAGCUACUCCGACUUCACUAUCAUGACUGUUUUGUUAGGGGAUGUGAUGCAUCAAUUCUACUUGACUCGACUCCAAAUAAUAGUGGAGAAAAAACAGCACUUCCGAAUAGAUCUGUAGGAGGUUAUGAGGUUAUCGACGAUAUAAAGAAGAAAGUAGAACAAGUAUGCCCACAUCAAGUUUCUUGUGCUGAUAUUCUAACCUUGGCAGCCCGAGAUGCUGUUUCAUACCAAUUUGGAAGGUCAAUGUGGCAAGUUCCAACAGGGAGGAAAGAUGGAAGGGUAUCGAUUGCAUCUGAAGCAUUAAAUAAUUUGCCUUCUGCUUUUGCAAACUUUUCCACUCUUUUGGGACAAUUUGAAGACAACAACUUGGACAUUGUUGAUUUGGUCACUUUGUCAGGGGCACAUACAAUAGGAGUAACACAUUGCACAUUGGUUGCUAGAAGACUUUACAAUUUCACAGGAAAGGGUGAUGUUGAUCCUUCAUUGAAUCCCAAUUAUGCUACAACUUUGAGGAAAUUAUGUCCUAACCCUAUUAAUAGAUCAACUAUACUAGAAUUGGAUCCCAAAAGUUCUUUCUCCUUUGAUAGCCAUUAUUUUGAGGCUCUCAAUCAACAUAUGGGAUUGCUUGGAUCAGAUGCUGCGUUAAUGACCAACUCCCUUUCUGCUCUGAUUGUUAAAAAGAUGCAAAAUCCACAUGUUUUCUUAGCAUAUUUUGGCCGUUCAAUGAAGAAAAUGGGCGGAAUUAGAGUCCUUGUGGGUGGUGAAGGAGAAAUAAGGAAGAAUUGUAGAGUCGUAAAUGCCUGAAUUCCGAAUCAUUUUUUAUGUUUGAAUUAGGUAUACAUAUGUUAAAACAAAUGUAUACAUAUAAUAAGAUCAUAUUCAUUCUGAAUCAUCUAAUUUCAAAAAGUUUGUUAGUGUUUUGCAUUUAGGAAUAAGGCAAGGAUUUUCUGGUUCAUAUCAA